AUGGCCGACGCAGCGCACGUCAAGCCAGAGCCAGAUGCCGACUCUUCGGCUGCCAUCAACGCACCCGCCUAUGACGACGACUUGUACGAGGAUGCUGGCGACCUGGAGUUUUAUGGAGACUCCGGUGGCGAGCUGAACUCGGAAAACCUCUAUCUUGCGCGCGUGCCCAAGUACAUCUGGGAUGCCUGGAUGAAGAUGACCGAAAGGCUGGGCGAUGAUGACCAGAUUCAGAUUGGCACAAUGCGAACUUGGUAUGAAGAGCAGCCAAACGGAGGAUCCCAGACCAAGCUGCGACUCUUGCUUCACGACAACCAGCCCGAGCACCAGCUGCUGCCCCGAGAAUACGACGUGGAGUUAUUAGAUAGCCAGGUUAAGAACCACUACAUCUUCAGCGAGCGAGACCUCGAGAGCUACAAGGCAAAGAACAAGGCGCGCACCGAAGCUGCGAAUGCUGGCAUUCCCAUGUCGGCAUUGAGGGCCAAGGAGGGCGGAGGCCAGAAACCACAUUACGAUCGUCGAAACCGGUUCCAGCCCUACUAUCGAAAGGCGAUUCCCAAAAAAACUAGGAUCACAGGCAAGAUCAACUACGACGUGCGUCUGGAGCCCCGAGAUAAGACCGAGGAAACCCGAUUGCUCGCACAGCGACUGUUGGAGGCGGAUACGAAGGCAGGCGUCCGGGUCAUCAGUCGCAACAAGGCCUCGGCCAUCAUCAACCCUGGUAUUGCUGGGUCCGCUGGAUGGGGCAACAACUUCAUUAAAAACGCCGCGCCCACGGUCAAGCCAAAGAAAGCCGAGGUGGUCAAGAACGCUCGUCUGCCCAAGAACCAGCUUCUGGAUCUUAUUUUCGAUUGCUUCAGGCAGUAUCAGUAUUGGUCUAUGAAAGCCCUCCGACAAAGAACCCAGCAGCCCGAGGCUUGGUUGCGUCAAGUGGUCGAUGAGGUGGCAGUACUCAUCAAGAGCGGUUCAUUCGCUAACCACUACACCCUGAGCGAUGCCUACCGGGACAAGGCAGGAAGCGAAUCCAAGGAGGAGGCCGCAGCAGCGGAGGAGGAGGACGAUGAUGAUGAUGAGGAGAUGGAGGAUAUCUUGCCAGCUUAA